GGAUUUUUAAAGUGUUUCAGAUUACGUUCACUGCGAUGUGUGUUUUGAAAUUAAAGUUUAAAUUUUCUAGUCUCCGAACCUCAUCACUUGGUUAGCCGCUGUUUGACAAAUUCAAAUCACCAAUCCGUAAGUUCAUCCACUUUGUUUCAAAUUUGAAACCCUGCCGUAGUGUGUAAAUUCGAGUCCUAGUAGGAGUCUAACUCUCAUUAGAAAAACCCUAUCAGAUAGCCUUUCUACCGUCUUUAUAAAUCCAUCUAGAAUAUCUGAUUCAAACACAAGAAAAAUACAAAGAAAACUCACUUGUUUUGGAGUUCUCUUCUCUGACCCGCAGCCAACCACUUCUUCUCGCAGUAACUCCACGCCACUCAGAGGCGCGGGACUCCCUUCCGGCGUCACAGACGGUGCCGACCAGCCCAGCCCUAGCUCAGCCACCUCUUUUCCGAGACCCUCCUGUCGCGUCGCCGGUCGCUCCCUGCAGCCCAGCGCCGCCGUCGCCCUCAGCCCCUCUCGGUCUCAAGUUACGAAGUAUUAUUCAAGAAGAAACGCAUCGAGAUCAUGGCCCCCGGUACUAGAAAUCACCCAACACGAGAGGGAUCUUCUGGUUCUAACCAGAAUGAUAACCCGGACCAUCUGGUCGCAGCUGCUACCCAAUUCUUUCAAUCUAUGGUUAGCGGCCAAUUUAUGGCGCCUAGAGCUCCACAAGCCGGUUGUACUUUGGAGCAAUUUUCUCGUCAGCAUCCUCCUACGUUUGAUGGCAGAUUGAAUUCCAUGGAUGCGGAAAGCUGGAUCGAUCGUAUAGAGCAGAUUUUUGAAGUGCUCUACUGCACUGAUGAUCAGAAGGUGAAAUACGCCACGUACCACUUGACUGAUAUGGCAAACAAGUGGUGGAAGUCAACCCGGGCUUUGGUUCAGCUGGAACUAGGGGAAGCAGUCCCCAUUACUUGGGAGCAUUUCAAGAAAAUCUUUUUGGACCACUUCUUUCCACAAACUCUUCAGGAGUCGAGAGCUCGCCAGUUUAUGGAUCUUACUCAAGGAUCUAUGACGGUAGCACAGUAUGCUACAACGUUCAUGGAGCUUUCUCGUUUUGCUAUUUACUUAAUUCCGGAUGAGGAAAAGAAGGCUGAAAAAUUUGAGCGUGGACUGGAUCGUAGGAUUCGAGAACGUGUCCGUACUCUCAGGAUUCGGAGUUUCACAGAGCUAGUCACCCGAGCUACCAUUGCUGAAGAAGACCUCCAAGAGAACAUCGAGUACAACAAUCAAAGGAAGCGCCAGCAACAGCAACAACCCCAAGCAGUGUCGCAUAAGGACAAGAGGCCUCACAUCAUGAAUCGUCAAGGUCAACCACCAGCAGGGCAAACUUUCCCCACGUGUGCAACAUGUGGGAAACGACAUUUGGGAAGGUGCAUGUUUGGCCAGAACGUGUGUUUCAAGUGCGGGAAGCCAAACCAUCUAGCUCGGGACUGCCCAGUUAAGAAACCUGGGGAACCGGGUAGGAAUGGAGGACAGAAGACGCAUGCUACAGCGAGAGUUUAUGCUCUUACCCCUAUUGAUGCUGAAGCAUCAAAUGAUGUAGUCACAGUAACUCCACGCCACUCAGAGUCGCGGGACUCCCUUCCGGCGUCACAGACGGUGCCGACCAGCCCAGCCCUAGCUCAGCCACCUCUUUUCCGAGACCCUCCUGUCGCGUCGCCGGUCGCUCCCUGCAGCCCAGCGCCGCCGUCGCCCUCAGCCCCUCUCGGUAAGCUCUUCCAUCGUAGAACCCUCUCUCCCGAACUCUCUGUUUUGGUUGCCGAGUACUCGGGUUCUUGAAGAACCCGUGAGUUUCUUUUGUUGGGCCUUGGGCCUUAGGCCCGUAUGAGGUUGGGAUGGGUUUAUUUAUUUGGUUUGGGCCCCUGUAAUAAUGU